AUGGAAGAGAACAGUAGGGGAGAAAGUUUAUGCAAAGUGUGCGGCGACAAGGCUUCCGGAAAGCAUUACGGAGUGUCGAGUUGCGACGGCUGCCGUGGCUUUUUCAAACGCUCGAUCCGGAGAAAUUUAGAUUAUGUGUGCAAAGAAGCCGGACAGUGCGUCGUCGAUGUUUCCCGUCGAAAUCAAUGCCAAGCUUGUCGCUUCACAAAGUGCUUGCAAGUUAACAUGAAAAGAGAUGCGGUACAGCACGAGCGAGCGCCCCGAAAUACGAGCGCCGCGAUGGCGGCGAUGGCAGCCACGAGGAAGGUACAACACCACCAUCAGCACCACCACCACCACCAGCCGCAACAGCAGCACCAACAACAACAGCCAUCGCCGAGCACCGCCCUCUACCCACCGGUCAGCCACGUGUACCACGGGGCAGCUACUGCGCCGUACCACCCCCUGCUCUACCCGGCCUUUUUCUCCUUCAAACCAGCCCUGCCGGCCUUUCCACCCAUACCCGAGAGCACCGGGGACUUGCUCCGUUUGACGACAGCUGCGCACCUUAUGUCCAGACCGGCACUUGCCGAGCGGCCCCUGUCGACUUCAGCUGGCAAGGAGGACGAGGUGACCAGCUCCGAGGAGGCCGCCGCCGCGGCUAACGAUAGGAUACAAUUUAAAAAAGAAAGAAUUUUAAUCAAAUUAGUAAUUACAGAAGAUCGUGAGUCUGGUCGCUUGGUGACACCCUUAAUUUGUGCUUCCGUUGCUGAGCACCAGGCUGCAAAUUUUUCACUCUUGCCGGCGGAAAACGUCUACGAAUUUGCUGCCAAAUUACUGUUUUUGGCCGUAAAGUGGCCCCGCAGUAUUUCGUCCUUCUUGCAGCUCCCCUACAGAGACCAAGCGAUCCUGCUCGAGGAGUCCUGGUGCGAGCUCUUCGUCCUAACGGCUGCCCAAUGGAACUUCCCGGUCGAGGAGUCACAGCUGGUCCCGGCCAGUCUACCUGCCGAGCGAAAGCAAGCCCUCAGCGACGAGGCAAGGCGACUACGCGAGCUCCUCGCUAGGUGCGCCAUCCUAAGGAUCGACCACUCCGAGUACGCCUGUCUGAAGGCCAUCGUGCUCUUCAAAGGCGAGUCCCGAGGCCUGUGCGAUGCAGCGCGCAUAACAGCCCUCCAAGAGCAGACGGUCUCGGUGCUGUCGGACCGAGGAGCCGGCCGUGUAGGACACCUCCUCAUGCUCCUACCUCCGGCGCGCGCUCUCUGCCGGCGAACCCUCCAAGAGCUUCUGUUCAAGCCGACGGUCGGCGACAUUGGGGUCGAGAGACUGCUCGACGACAUGCUCAGCGCCGUUCGGUCCAAUUGA